AUGAAGUUGUUUAUAGUCUAUAUUCUACUGCUAAUAGCAGUAUCGAUUCAUUCGAUAUAUAGUCGACAAUAUGUUAUCGGUUGUUAUUUUACGAAUUGGUCUCAAUAUCGACAAGGUCUUGGUCAUUUUUCUCCGUCACAUAUUGAUCCGUCACUUUGCACCCAUGUUUAUUAUGCAUUUGCAAAUAUUAAUGUGAAAACUCGAAGUCCAAGUUCAUUUGAAAUGAACGAUAUUAAAUCAAUUGUCGACAAUAAUCAUAUGACAUCAUCGUCACUUAUGGGAAUGUAUGGACAAUUGAAUUUAUUCAAGAAUAAAAAUCGCCAUUUGAAAACAUUAUUAUCAUUGGGCGGUGCAACGGUGAAUGCAACAGAAUUUCGAUAUAUUUUUGAAGUGGAAAAAAUACGUCAUGAAUUUAUACGAAAUACAAUAAAAUAUUUACGGAAGUAUAAAUUCGAUGGUUUAGAUAUUGAUUGGGAAUAUCCUGAAACGGAAAAAGAUCGUCGCACAUUUUCUUCAAUGGUUCGAGAUUAUCGAUUAGCAUUUCAAAAGGAAGCCUCUACAACUAAUCGUACACGGCUUCUAUUAACAGCAGCUGUUGCUGCCUAUCGACCAAAAAUCGAAGCCGGUUAUAAUAUUAAAGAAAUUGCAACUUUUCUUGAUUUUAUUAAUCUAAUGGCUUACGAUUAUCAUGGAAGUUGGAAUACUCAUAUCGGUUUUAAUAGUCCUUUAUAUCCACGUUCCACUGAAAUAGGUGUACAACGAUUGUUAAAUCAACAAGCAACAGUUAAUACCUGGCUUAAAGGUGGCUGUCCACCAUCGAAACUUGUCCUUGGCCUCGGUUUCUAUGGUCGAACAUUUAAAUUAAAAGAGAAAAAUAUUGCCAAUAGAAGGCCAUAUGCUUCAUCACAAGGUGCUGGUUUACCUGGCAAUUAUACUAACAGUAGUGGAUUUUUAUCGUACUAUGAAAUAUGUAAUUUAAUAAGAAAACAUCAUUGGCAGAUUGCAUAUGACAGAGAACAAGAAGUACCAUUCGCUUACAAAGAUGAUCAAUGGGUUGGGUUUGAUAAUCAACGAUCAGUAGAAAAAAAAUGUCAAUUUAUUGCUAAACAAGGUCUCGCUGGGGCAAUGAUCUGGGCAAUUGAUUUGGAUGAUUUUACUGGCAAUUUUUGUGGACAAGGAAAAUAUCCAUUGUUAACAAAAACACCUAUACAUAUGAUUGCUGAAGUUGGCAAUGAAAAAAUCUUAGCUCUAUUAUUAUUUCACAAGGCUGAUGUUACUAUACGCGAUAAACAUGGUUAUACGCCUUUAUUGUUAGCUCAAAUAAAUCGCAAAGUUGAUACAGUAGAAAUGAUUCAAAAUGAAAUUGAACUUCGACAACAAGUUCGCCAUGAAACAGAAAAAAAAUUACUUGAUGCUUGUUUCGACGGUGAUGUAGCAAAAGCCGAACAGUGUCUUGCACAUUUGGGUGCUCAUGCGAAAGCAGUAUUGAAUUCAAGUCCGAAUGGAAGUGAUACACUGAAUUUUUUGUAUAGAGCUUGUCGAACAGGCAAUGUAGAUUUAGUAAAGUUACUGUUAAAACAUGGAGCAAUCGCAAAACCUCAUCGUCAGACAUCUUAUUCUCCACUUUAUAUAGCGUGUCGAAUUGGAAAUCUUGAGAUUGUUCAAAUGAUUCUUACUCAUUUUCCACAUUUAGUUUGUGUCGCAACACUUGAACAGAUUCUUCCCUUUGCUGCUGCUUGUUCACAAGGUCAUCUACCUAUUGUACAGUUGUUAUUAACGUAUCCGAAUUAUCCAUUUUCGUCGUGUAGCGUCUUUAUCGAUCGUUUACAACGGUCAUAUGUUUUUCCAUUUAAUCUCAAUGCACAAGAUUUAAAUGAACAAACUAGUUUAUAUUUAUCCGUACUCGGGGGAUUUUUCGAUGUUGUUGAAUAUCUUCUCUCGUUCCGUGUUCAUGCUUUAACUUCAUCAGAAGUAGAAUUAUUCAAACGUCGAUCAACACAUAGCUACUUUACUUCCGAACAUUCUAUAGUAACUCUAGCGGAAUUCAAUGCAACUCUUCAAAAAACGAAUUCAUCAUUUUGUCCGUUUAAUCUUGAUAUCUAUUCGAAUACGGGCCGAACAGCUUUACAUGAAGCGAUUGAGCAACAAAAUUUUAAAUUAGUUCAUUUACUUGUUUCGAAUGGUGCUAAUGUAAAUUUAUCUUACGAAGAAAUUUCUAGUCGAACAUCUAAUACAGACACAUGUUUUGUAACACGUUCAACGGCAUUAUCAUGUGCAUGUCGUCUUGGUAAUAUACAACUUAUUGAAUAUCUUAUGAAUUCUCUUGCAACGGAUAAAGAAUUUCUUGCAUUUAAUUCAUGCAAGCAAUCGUAUCUUAUCGGGCAUCUACUUAAAUAUCGUGCUUUACAAGAUAACGAAUUUAAAUUAACCAAACGGCAAUUUGCAUCAAAUUCUUUAUAUUCGUUUGAUGAAAAAUUUUGGUCAAAUAUUGAUUUAUCAAAAAUAUGGAUCAGCACCAAUGAAGAUAAAAAAGAUGAUAAUAAUAAUAUAUCGGAAACAAAUUAUUCAGUUGAACCUGCUCUAAAACGACGUCCGAGUAAACGAUAUCAAAUUUUGACAACGAGCUUUGAACAUAUUAAAAGUCAUUUCUCAUCAGCACGCCCGUUGUCCGCCACAACACAUAGUCCAUCAUCAUCGUCAUCAUCAUCGAUUCCAUCGAUACCAGUUGGAAUUCAAUGGCAUCAUUACGGUCCACUGAAAACUCUUGAUCCAUUAUGGUUUAUACAAGCAUCGAUAUUUGUUAAUAAAGAUACGUUUACUCAAUUAUCAGAUAUAACAGCAUCAAAUCGUCAUUUACUUUUUCAUUGUAUAACACGAAUUGAUUUAUCAGAUAAUUCAUUAGAAUCUUUGCCAAUAUUUCUCUUACAAAUGUAUUCAUUAAGAAUAUUAAAUGUAUCGAAUAAUCAACUCGGCGAACUGCCAAAUGAUAGUAACGUUUGGUUAUGCCAUCAAUUAACCGAAUUAGAUGUUUCACAUAAUGCUUUAACUUAUUUACCUUCGGCUAUGUUUCAAUUACGAUCAUUACAAAGAGCGUAUGCAGCUCAUAAUCAACUGCAAUAUUUGCCUGUGGAAAUGUGGUCAGCACCAAUACUGACUGAUCUUAAUGUUGCCAAUAAUUCCUUGAAAGAACUGCCAACACCAACGUUUGUCGCCGUUAAAAAUGGCGAUAAAAGUGGCCGCCAUUUAACAUCUCGACAUUCAACGAAUCAAAGUCGAACAACUAGUGAAUUUCGUUCUCAAGCUACCAUCAUUUCGCUGAAUAAACUAAAUACCAAUGAAGUUAAACCGACAACACUAUCAUCUUCUGUGACUACAGCUAAUCUAUCCACGGUUUCUCCUGCAGCAUCUGCUCCACCUCGCUCGACAACUUUUGCUCAAAUAGCACCAACAAAUAAUAUUCCACCUUCGCCUGACGACGAAGAUGAACUUGAGCGACGGUCACAAUUAAAAAUAACCUACGAAAAUCCAGUUUCGCCUCCACCUGUAUGUACGCCAGUAAAACGUUUAUGUCUUUGGCAAAAUCAUAUAACUCAAUCGACUCACGAUGAUCAACAACAAGGGUCAAAUGCGAAAUCUUCAUCUGCAUCCGCAUCAACAAUAAGUCGUUUAAAUAAUUUAAAUUUAUCUUAUAAUCAAUUUGAAAUACUUCCACCAAUGCUUUGCUGUCUUACUCCAUAUUUAACAUCAUUAAAUCUUUCACACAACAUUCUUACUGAUCCAUCAACGAUAUCUUCGUAUCCACCCCGUUUGAAAAUGCUCGAUCUCUCAUUUAAUCGUCUAACGCAUAGUAUUUUAGUUGAAUCAUUAGUAGUCGCCUCACGACGAGAAAAAUCCUAUCGUAAAAAUCGUCACUUUGAUACAACAGCAUCGGAAAAUAUUUGUUUCCGACCUGAAUUAAAAGAACACAAUAGCCAAUCAGAUAUGUCAAAACGGCGUCGCAGUCGAUCUGUAUCACGCCAUAAAGUUCUUACAUCAACGAAUUUAACAGUAGGAGUAAAUCCACUAUCAAAAUCAGAUCAAGCCGGUCAAUGUUGCAGUCAUCGACGUCAUUCAAAACUAGAACUUUUACAUGAUCUCAAUCUAAGUGACAAUAAAAUCAAUGAAUUAUCAUUACUCUCGAUAGUCAAAUCUUCUCCUGAUAUGGAUAUAACAGUAUUACGUUCAUCGUUAUUAUUUCCAGUGCUGACUCGCCUUAAUUUAAGUCAAAACGAGCUUGUUUCGAUUCCAUCUAGUAUUUCUCUAUUAGAAAAUCUUGGCACAUUGAUUUUACGUGAUAAUCUACGUUUAAAAGAGAUACCAUUAUCUAUUGGUUCAAUGCAAAAGUUAUGGAAUCUUGAUCUCCAUGGGUGUGGACAGUCUGCUAAAAAAUAA